UGAAUGCUUUUGUGACUCGAGGGGUGAGUAAUACCUUCAAUAUAUAAAGCUCUGUUAGGAUCGUUCAACCCAAGUUCUCUUUUUCGUUCUCAUACAUCAAUAUCAUCUACUCGAGCAGCUCGAUCAAGUUCUACAACCAGCGUCUCGCCCAGACUUGCAACAUGGAGGAUGACAUGGCUGGUUAUCCAAAUGCUGGUCAUCCAAAUGCCGGUUAUCCAGAUGUCGGAGGCCCCGGCGGCCCUGCACCUGAAGACACCCAAGGUCAGAUGGAACAAAGACCAGGUGCGGGCGACAGACCAGGCAUGGACAACAGACCACAUGCGGAUCCCGAAGGGAAAUGUAUAGAGUUGUUGGCUGGCUACACCGCGGAUGGUCGUGCCUACCCUGCUGCUGCAGUAUCGGUACCGUUCACUGCAGAUCCUCAAGAGCGUCAAAGGGUGCUUGAAGAUGCCAUGCAAUCUCGCGAAGACCAGAGGGGUCUUGGCGGGAGUAACCCCUAUGUCGAAGACCACUUCAUCCCGGAAAGCUUCAAGCAAUGGCUGCGUGAUGAUGGGAAAGUUGUAUUCGUAGAGUUCGAGGGCAGGAAGUUCACACGUGCACUCCCCCUUGGGGAAGCUAUACUUCGGUUUCUGCGCGAGAAACGGGGCCGUGGACUCUCUGACGGAGAAAUCCGGAGGGAAGCACAAGGCAGAACGCUCUUGAACAUGCUCCGGUGGCUGGGAGACCAGGGAGAACCUACAUACUUGGACUACUGGUCCGCGAUGACUAGCCGAAUAAGAGAACGAGGACGAAUAAGACAGGCAGAGAAUCGGAUGCAGCCGGCCCGUUACCGUCGUGGUCCUCCUCCUCCUCAUCCUCCACACCUGUUCGGUGGAGAUAUGCCGAUGGGUGAGAUGGGCCCUGGAAUGGGGAUGGAUCCGAGAAUGUUCAUGGGUAUGGGUUAUGGUGGAGCGAUGCCGCCACCACCACCACCUCCUCCUCUAGAGUACUUCCGACACGCACGGGAGCAUAGACGUCCAAGGAGACCCUCUUUUCCACACGGACACGGAUAUGGACCGUCAGGUCACGGAUUUCAUGGGGGCUGGCCUGGACCUUAUGGCGGCGGAGGCGCAGGCGGGUACUAUUGAGAGAAGAUGGGAAGCAGAUGGGCCUCUUUCAAUGAGUAGUUUAGAGUAUGUGUUGGUUUUAUAUGGCAUUAUUUGAUGGAGUUUAAAUGUAUUUCCUUCUUCUUGCUUUCUGUAUUGACUUUUUGAUACUUUAUUAUAUCGUAAUUGAGUACUAUGUCAGAGCAGAUAUAAACAUAUUGAAAUUUAUAUGCAACUUAUGGCUUCCAAAUCAAGAAGAGGGAAAAUGUCAGCGCGUGUACAGGUAAUCUGUUGCAUCAUCCAUCUGCAGCAG